AUGCACAUCCUUUCGUACCGCGGCCCACUCGAUGAGUACGGAAGUCAUAUCGAGUUGCCGAGAGGUGAACCGGUUGACCCGCUCGACGGGCAGGAGCUCGCUCUGGGGGAGCUCCUUGCGGGUGACCCGUUGGCUCCGGCACUUUUUGCCCUCGGCCAGCAUGCCGCUUUGUGCCAGGCUCGUGACACUGUGGUGCAGGCAGUGCAGGAAGGGUGCGGCAUAGCUUCCAACGAUGGCAAAACUCGGGCGUACUGCCAUGCCGGAGGUGCGCCCCCACCAGGCAUGGCUGAGCUGGGCGCGGACGCGUGGCGGGGAAACAAGGCUCCCUCCGAGCGAGGUUUGGUGGUCUUGGGCACGCCCAUCAGCCACCCCCACUUCAUAGCGUCAUGGGCGGAAAGUCGGAUGCGCACCGAGCAAAAGCUUCUGAGCCAACUGCCGCGCCUCCCCGACCUGCAGUGUGCGUGGCGUCUCCUCGCUAUGUGCGCAUCACCACGGGCCAACCACACGCUGCGCACAGCGCAGCGCACAGUGCCACCACUUGACAUUGCAGGCUAUGCCCAAGCCCAUGAUGACGCCGUGUGGCAGACCUUGCAGGCCUGCCUUGGCGGGGUCGCGUCAGGCAGCGCAGGGGCUCGUCAGAGCCCCGCCGGCACUGCGAGCUGCGGCCACAUCCGCCUGGACAAGACGGUGGUGGGCGGCUCUGGCUGUAGCGCAGUGACCAGCACGGCCCUAGGAAGCCCACGGCCCGCGCCGCCACACGCGGGCCAGCUUGACCAGGUGCUCGACCUCGCCGACACUGCGGGGCCGAGCCGAUUGCCGCUGCGCUAG